UAUGGUCAGGGUAAAUAAUCAGCCCAAAGAUGCCUAAGAUCACUCUUUGAGAUUAAUCUGAUCCCCGAUUUGUCAUGGCAGGGUGUAGGCACUUCUCUAUUCUUUUACAUAUACUUUUCUUUUCCUUUGUAUUUCCUCAUGUGUAAGUCUCUUUGGCUGAAAGCGUCUGCUGAAUGAAUAAAAGUAAAUGCAGAUGUACUUUACUUCUCCUAAGUGCUGAUUGGCUUUCAUUUCUGACAGCUGAUUGCAUGAGUACAUGUUUACACUGGGAAACGCGCAAAUACAAAGUAGUCCGCAUAAUAAAAUCAUUUUUAAAAAUCAUAAUAUAGUCAUAGCUAAUUAUUUUGCUGUCAUUUCACUUUCUUGUUAGUUGUGUACUGAGUACUGCUUUGGUAAGCUGUAUGGAAUUUAGUAUUGAAUUCACACUGCAGAAGUGAAUUCGUUUUUAAUUGUGAUGUAAAGGAACUUUAUCAGCCCUGACUUUAGUACAGGAAAGUACCAGCUCUCACUUCUUCACACUUAACUCCAGUGAUGUCGAUGCAGGAGCUGCUAGAGGAUAUGCAGGAACAAGUGGGCAGGUUGACUGCACUGCUCCAGGAUGAACGCAGAUCACACGAACAGAGUUACCGUGCGUUGUUCGAUGAAGCAGAGCACAAGGCUGAAAAAUGCAAGCAACAUCAUCAGCUGGAGAUGGACCAACUGAUGCAGGACCACAGGUCUGAGAUGAGUAAACUGGUGGCAGCUCACACUAGGACACUAGAGGAUGAAAGGAAAAGUGCUGAGGAGAGAUAUGCUCUGCUCAAAAAAGACUAUGAUUUCCUCAAAUGCUCCUUCAGACCUUACAAGGACAGUGUGCUUGAUGACAACUGUUCGAAGCGUAAAGAAGAGCAGGAAAGAUGCCUGAAGAAACAACUCUUGUGGUUGAAGGAGCAGCUGAAUCAGAGUGAGGCAGAGAGAGAGAUGGAAAGAAAAGCUUUUCAGUCAGAGACUGCAGAACUUCAUGCCAGUUUUAAAGUUGAGCUUGAGGACAUGAAGACGCAGCUGAAAGAAAAAGACAUGACUAUCAGCUUGCUGAGAGCAGCUCUGCAUCAGAUUCAGGAGGAGCUUAACAUUAUGAUGUGCCGUCUCUCAGAGCUGGGAAAAGGUGUUUAACAGCAUCCCCCUCCCCAGAUGCAUCAAUGACCAGGAAUAGACUAACAGACCAAUAUUGAGUGUCCCUUAAAAUUAUACACCGUUUCACUUUAACACUUGCAUAGUAUGUUACACUUCAGCCCUUAUGUGGAAAUAUCAAUACAACAUGCACAUACCAAUGCUGUGAGCUGAAUGAGAAAUGACUGAAGACAAUCUAGUUUUAUUCCUUUAACAAUCCUAAAGGAAUUAUGGAGGAAAAUGACAGGUUGGUACUCCAGCAGAAGAAGGAUACACAGAACUCCAUGAUUAAUCCCAAACUGAGUUUAAAUGCAUGUGAC